AUGAAGAUACUUUGUCUUCACCCGUGGGGGACCUCGGGUUUCAUCUUCGAGAAGCAACUUCAAACGCUGAGUGGCAUGCUCGGGCCGACGCACGAAUAUGUGUACAUCAACGGCAGCAUCCCAAGCGCCCGGGCACGAGAUCUUCCCGAGUUCGUCAAGGGGCCCUACUAUUGCUGGUACGAGGGCCUGUCGACGCCCCAGUGCCUGGAGGCGCACGACAUCAUAGCCGAAACGAUCGAGGAGGAGGGGCCUUUCGACGGCGUCAUCGGCUUCAGCCAGGGAGCCUCCCUGGCUUUAUCCUUCAUCCUGCAUCACGAGCUGCAACGCCCGGGUUUACCGUGCCCCUUCCGUUUUGCGCUGCUGUUCUGCACGACCCUGGUCAUAUCCCCGGACAUCAAGUUGAACCACGACAAGGUCGCCAAGUACAGUGGAUACUACAAGGCGCCCCACGACGGAACGAGAUCGGCUGGCAGGGUUGACGAGGGCGAAGAGCGCAGCGACCAAGGCGGGACGGAGACCGAGGAGGGAGAGGGCACCGGCCAGACGGCACCAGAAGUCAACGGCAACAAGCGCAAGACGGCCCCGAAGCACCGCGCCCUCCUUUUACUCCCGGGGAUGAAGCAAGCUCUCGUCGAGGAGCUGGUCCAUCUGGUCGACGAGAUGUCCCGCAACGUGUCCGGCGAGACGGACGCAUCGAGGUACUCGUGGCCCGAAGACGGCAGGCCCGAGGACUUCCCGCGGCUGAUGCACCCGCUCACCGUCAAGGCGCGAGUACCCAUCCCGACGGUCCACGUAAUUGCCCAGAACGACCCGCUCAUGCGCCACAGCGAGCUGGCGGUGCGGUUGUGCGACAAGAAGAAGACGAAGCUGGUUUACUUCGACGGCGCGCACCGGAUUCCAACCGCGCCGUCGACCCUUAGCGCCAUUACAAGGGCAGUCGAAUGGGCCAUGCAAAAGGGGCAGCUGAUGUGAAAGGUUGCUGAGGAUACGAGUGUUGUGAUUGUGGUUGUGGGAUUUGUCCGUCAUGCUGCAAGCGCACUGGAAUUCUGGUAAAUUUCUCCAAGGUCAGACGAUAGAAUGAUGCAUUAAGAAUCCCUUGAAGCUACCUUCGGUUCCCAAAUUAGGUCUCCGGACCAGUGGCCAGUUAGGGAAGGUUCAGGGUUGAGUUUGGUUGUGCCUGGACCCCUUGCUGAGGGCCUUGGUUGCUGGCUUCCUUCCAUCCAUCUUCGUGCCUUCGUGCCUCAAAAGAUGGGAAGUGGUUGAACAGUGGUGAACACGCCACUGCACCC